AUGGACCAUUCCACAGCCGUCCAAGAGAUAUCGGCGCAGGUCGCUGGUUUUUAUGAUCGUCAACAACCGUUUCGUAUAUACCAUGGCUCAAGCCACAGUACGCGCCCUUCGAAUCGCUCUCAAUCCACCACCGUCAGUACAGAAAAACUCACCCAUAUCAUUGAGAUCGAUUCAUCCAGAUGUACGGCCAUAGUCGAGCCUAAUGUCCCAAUGGAUGCUCUUGUGGCUGCCACCAAGGAACAAGGCCUGGUUCCCUUGGUGGUACCGGAGUUCCCGGGAAUCACGACUGGUGGUGCUUUUUCCGGGACUUCGGGAGAGAGCACCUCCUUUCGAGAGGGGUACUUUGAUCAUUCUAUCAAUUGGGUUGAACUUGUGCUUGGUAAUGGAAAGGUGGUCAAGGCAUACAAUGAUCAGGUCGAGGGGUUCGACGUCGAAGAUAAACGCGCCGACUUGUUCUGGGGCGCCGCAUCUUCCUUCGGGACUCUUGGUGUAGUCACUUUAAUGGAAGUUCGUCUGACAAAGGCUAAACCAUUAGUCGAACUGAAAUACUAUGUUAGCUCCGGUAUGAAGGACGCGGUGCGUCUCUUUCGACAGCUUGGCGAUGAUCCCCAGACUGAGUUCUUGGAUGGCAUCGUCUUUUCUCCGAAUAAGUUUGUUGUUUGUGCGGGGCGACAAGUCGAAGACGAACGCAAACCCCCAAGUGUCAAACUCCAACAAUUUACUCGUCGUCAAGAUGAUUGGUUUUACUUGCAUGUCGAUCGUGUCACAUCCGAGGUCUGCGACCAGAACGAUUUCCAUAAGCCACAUGCAGUGGACUACAUUCCUCUGACGGAUUACCUCUUCCGUUAUGACCGGGGUGGCUUUUGGGUUGCCCGUUAUGCCUUCAAGUACUUCCGUGUUCCAUUCAACUUUGUCACACGUUGGCUCCUCGAUCGAUUCAUGUACACCCAAGUGAUGUAUCACGCCUUGCAAGUCAGUGGAAUGGGGCGACACUACAUCGUCCAGGAUGUCGGUGUACCUAUGGCCGCAGCUGCCGAGUUCAUGGACUGGGUAAAAGAUCCUGAGAAUUUCGGAAACUAUCCGAUCUGGCUCUGCCCACUACGCAAGGGAGGCGUUAGUGCAUUGGAGGAACCGUCGAUCGAUGUCCUGCAGAAACCACAACUCCUGAAUUUUGGAAUUUGGGGGCCUGCUGCAUCCAAAGACCAGGCUGAGUUCAUUGCCCAGAACAAAAGGAUCGAAAAGAAAGUGCACGGCCUGAAAGGGGAAAGAUUCUAUUAUGCGAUGGCUUUCCUUACAGAAGAUGAAUUCUGGGCUAUCCACAACAAACCUGAGUAUGAUGCAUUACGAGCCAAAUACCAUGCGCAACAUCUUCCAACUCUGUAUGACAAGGUGCGAGUGCACCCAGAAGAAUUGCCCGGGACGCACCGGGGAGAGUUCGAGAAUGGUUGGAAAGGGGUUGUCAAACGUGCCCUUUGGGAUGUUUGGCCAUUCUGUGGAUUAUACGGAGUUUACAAGGCCUGGAGAGGAGGCGAUUAUAUGUUGCAAAAAACUAAAGAGAAGAGGAAGACUGAUUGA